AUGUUCGAUAUGCGUGCUCAAAACGCCAAUCUAUCCCUUCCCGAUCCUUUUUUGAUACGAACACACUUUCGCCUUACAGCGUCUUUACAUCUUUUCCACGUGGGAGACGUAUCGCCGAGGGAUGGCCCUCGUCCCAGUCUCUCCUUGAGCAGAAAAUCCCAGAUGAAUCUACGAUAUCUCUGGCAUUUUGUACCGAAGGUGAUACGCGUGCAGUGUUACCGUGUGCUAAUCAAGAUAGGGGAACUCGUCUUCCCACCACCUUUCGCUGGAUAUUUGUAUCGUUUACCAUUCGGUCUGUACGCAAGGAGAAGCCCCUGCCCCCCUAGCAAUGAAGUUGAAGCGUUGCGCCUGGUAGAACAGUAUACUUUGAUUCCAUCGCCCCUUUUCGUGGAUGAAUACCAAGCAGAAACCCCCGUCCUUAUUAUGACAGCCCUCCCCGGAAAAUCGUUGGUCCAAGUCUAUCAUAGGCUCUCCCAUCCCCAACGGGCGCAGCUGUCAAAAGACUUGAAGAAUGUCUUGUUGCAGCUGCGCCACGUUCCGAAUCGGACCCUCCACGCAUUCGCGAACGCACACGGUGGCCCUCUGAACGAAACUCCUCUCCGGCUCGAAACAUAUGGUCCAUUCGAGCUAAUCUCUGAUUUCAAUGCAUCCCUCGCCUAUAGGUGUAAGCGCAACGAAACAAAGGAGAAGAUCUCGAAAGUCCACGCCCGCCAGUACCGAUCUUUCUUCACCCAUGCAAACCUUCACCCGAGAAAUAUCAUUAUUGAGAAUGGCUGUCUGUCAGGGAUUGUGAACUGGGAUUCUGCAGGCUUCUAUCCUGAAUACUGGGGGUUUACGAAUAUAAUGUAUGGUGCUCGAUGGAAUAGAGCAAUUGAGUCCAUCAUGAGCGAUGUACUCACCGAGGAUAGUAGCUAUGAAGAGGAAUUGGCAGCGGAGAAGCUUUUAUGGUCUGAUUUUUAA